AUGGCUUUCUCUUACCAGCACACUGAUCGCCCGCAAGCCCCGCCUUCUGCGGCUGCCCCCGGCUUUGGUAUGUUUGCCCCCGUUUUGUCUAGCAACAAUGCAAACUCCGCUGCAUCGGUUGCUGCGCUGUUGAGCCAUACUCCCAUGUACGGACUUGGCCAGCGUCGUCCGUCCUUUUUGCCUGGCGUUUCCGUGCCCGAUUCGUUUCCAGGUAAGUCGGGCAUUUCCAUCCCUUCUUCUACCUCAAACUCCCACCAUAUCCGUACUUCUUCUAACCAAAACAAUGGUGUUUCUGGCUCUUCUGCUGCCCCUUUUCUUUCUCAACAACGCCUUCAACAACGUUUUCCUCCUCCCGCUCCCACCGCCCCUUCUAAUUACUAUUGGCCUUCUUACCAACAAUCCGUCCCUGCUGCAGGUCAAUCUCAACGUUAUCUAGCUCCCGAGAAGUAUCCUUUGGCUUAUCAUCCUUCUGCCCAAAAUCCUGCUCUCGGGAACCCCAUGAUGUUGAACCCUUCUGGUCAAGUUUCAUAUUCCUCUUUAAUCCCUGGAUCCCGUGGGACCUCUUAUUAUGAUUCUUUGCCAAAUGUCGGUCCCAUGAAUUGCCAUGCCUCUGUUCCUCCUCAGGCUAGCAAUCCCGCUGCUUCAGCGAACGUCCCUGCAACCAUGGGCAACUGCUAUGACCCAAAUGUCUGCAAUGUUGCUCCUCCUGCAGGACAACGCAUCUCUCCUCAAUACCAAGCUGGAAGCAAUGCCAUGGACCAAGAUGACCUAAGUAAUACGGGCGGCGUCUCUGCCAAUUUGGAUUACAAGAUGGAUCAAAUGGUUGAAUAUCUUUCUAUUAUGACUUGCAAGCUCUACGCGAGAUUCCUUAAUAAUGCUAGAAUGCAUUCCCUGGCUACUUCUUUACCUAAUUUAGUCUUUUCUUUCCGUAAGUUCGUUUUGCAAGUCUUAACUUCAACCCGUCUUCCUCGCGCCUCUUGCUUGUUGGCCUUGUCCUAUAUAUCUGAUCGCUUGGAUGCUGCUUCCCAGUCUUCCGAGUUUCUUAACCAGUGGACAAAGGAGACUCCCUUCUUCCAAAUUUGUGCAUUGCUUACAAGUGCUUUAAUCUUGGCAAACAAGUAUUUGGAUGACAACACUUUUACCAACCAAUCCUGGUCUCAAGUUACUGGUUUUAGAACCCAACUACUCAACAAAUUUGAACAGGACUGGCUUGUAAGCAUGUCUUGGAACUUAAACCCCGGGUCUCGUGGUCAUAAGGCUUGGGAGUGGUGGAGUGCUUCCUAUGCGUUGUUUACUUCUUCCAAUAAUGGCAACAUCAAUCAUCAUCAUGAUCAAUCUCAAGGCCCUGAUCAAUUCAAUACGAACUCAUCGCCAGUAAAUCGUACUUGCUCGGAUUACAAUUAUUACUAUCCCUAUUCGCAAGUGGGAUACUUUCCAAUGUACACCCGCUAUGCUAUGACAUAA